AUGCGAGCUGCAGCCUGCCCAAUCGAUCGUCGCAGCUUUGCUUCGCUCUUAAGAUCUGCACCCAAAGACGCCGUCGCCUUCCACGUGCAGGGAACGCCGGGCGUGAAGGUCUACGUGGUACACGAUACGCAGAGCGUCAAGUUGCCCUCCAGCGUGAGCCGCUGGCCCCUGGCCACUGGCACCGAGGUGCUGCUGGCCAUGGAUGCUCUCAGCAAGGACGUGGGCGAUGAAAAGGUCAGGAUUUCUUAUUUCGGGGAGGCCGGCGGGGUGCCUGUGGGCAGAGCCAUGCUGUACCUCACCUGCGUGGACGUCUCGCUGGACGCCGACACCAACCGCAGCGGGGCGGUCAGCAGGACGCUGCUGGAUAAGGCGACGUGGACGUGGGGUCCCGACGGGCACGGGGCCAUCCUGCUGGUGAACUGCGACCGUGACGACCCCAAAGCCGAGACGCUGGAUAACCGCGACCCCGCUGUCCGCUCCUACGCUGGUACCGGCGCAUCCCAUACAAAAAAAAAAAUCCCAUUUUCCUAUGUUUUUCCCCCAAAUUUUCUUCCCCCCACCCUCUCCGCCGGCCACCGCCUCGUCCUCCAUGUGGACUUCAGCGACGCCGAUAAAGUCGGCGUUUUCUAUGGCGGCAACAGCGUCGCGCUGGAGGAGUACAAGCACGUGCUGGGGGGCUCGAAGCUCGCCUACGCCAUCAAACCCAGCCGGCAUCAGGAGGAGAGCAUCUUCUACGUGGAGGGGCUCGCCUUCCCCGACGUCGGCUUUUCGGGGCUGGUGACGUUCCACGUCACGCUGCUGGAGAGCCCCGAGAAGGGUUUGCUGGAGACGCCGAUUUUCACCGACACGGUGGUUUUCCGCGUGGCUCCGUGGAUCAUGACCCCCAACACGGCGGCGCCGCUGGAGGUCUUUGUCUGCAGUGUGGACGACAACGAGGAUUUCGUGGCGGCUGUGGGUGCCAUGGCCGAGAAAGCCAAGUGCCCGCUCACCGUCUGCCCGCUGCCGGAGAACCGCCAGGACCGCUGGAUCCAGGACGAGGUUGAAUUCGGCUACGUGCAAGCCCCCCACAAGACCUUCCCCGUCGUCUUCGACUCGCCCCGCAACCGCGGGCUGAAGGAUUUCCCCGUCAAGAGCAUCCUGGGCCCUGAUUUUGGCUACGUGGCCCGGCAAGCGCCGGAGGGUGCUUCCAGCCUCGAUUCCUUUGGUAAUUUGGAGGUGAGCCCCCCCGUGACGGUGCAGGGCAAGGAGUACCCCUUGGGCCGUAUCCUGAUCGGCAGCAGCUUCCCCAGAUUCGGCGGCCGAAGGAUGGCGAAAGCCGUCAAGGAUUUUCUCAUCGCCCAACAAGUGCAGGCGCCGGUGGAGCUGUUUUCCGACUGGCUCCACGUCGGCCACGUAGAUGAGUUUCUCAGCUUCGUCCCCGCACCCGAUCGGAAGGGUUUUCGGCUGCUCCUGGCCAGCCCCAGCGCCUGCUACCAGCUCCUCAAGGAGAAGCAAGAUGAGGGGUUCGGCGAGGCAGCGAUGUUCCAGGGGCUGGAGAAGGUGCCCAAGCCGACGAUAAACGAGAUUCUGGCUAACGAAGCCCUCCGGAAAUUCAAUAACUACGUCCAGAGCUGCAUCAGCUGGAACAGGGACAUCCUGAAGCGGGCGCUGGGCCUGGCCGAGCCCGACAUCCUCGACAUCCCCCAACGCCUGGUGGGUGGCCGGUGCUGCCUGGGGCAGCGGGCGCGGGCGCUGCUGGAGCCCCUGGGCCUCACCUGCACCUUCAUCGACGACUACUUCUCCUACCACGUCCUCUCCGGGGAGGUCCACUGCGGCACCAACGUCCGCCGCAAGCCUUUCGCCUUCAAAUGGUGGCACAUGGUGCCCUGA